AUGAUAUUAGUGAAUCAAGCUAUGAGAGGAAAUAAAGAUAAAGAUCUCGAAGCCACUGUGGGACCACAGAGUCCUCGAGGAGGCGAUAAAAAGGGGACCAGGUUCAACUUUGGGGGUUUUUUGAAGAAAAUCCCGCUCCCGGUAAAUAAGAGGUCCAGCGAAGAAGUAAAGGAAGGGGCAGAGGGACAGACUGAUCCGGUAGAGAUUUCGAUGUCGCCAACGGCCAAAAGCAGUCCAUCGGACGAGAUAGGGGUAGGAAGUAGUGGGGGCAAUGUAAUAGAGGGAAAUAGUAACUAUACCCACGAAAUAAUCCCAGUGGGAGACCCAAGCAGGAAUAAGCUGAGAUAUGCCACCUUCACGGCUAAAUGUAUUUCGUUGGAGAAUAGCGAACUUACGUCACAGAUAGAUCUGGACGAGCAGUCGAUCGAUGAGCCGCAAGAUUCUGUUUUCACGCAAGUAGCCGGGCCACCACCGGUGAUUAUUGACAGAAAAUACACGAAAAAGAAGUCGAAGAACCCCAAGUUGAGAAUUAAUAGCAACCAGUCGGUGACGUCCGUCGUUGAUAACCCAAAUCCCCGGGGUGAAGUUUUUGAAAAUUACCAACACUUCGAUAACUUUGAAGCAUAUAAACAAGACUUGGCUGAAGAGGAUGAUGUGGUUGAAUAUCUAUCAGAAAGUGAGUCAGACUUGAAUAUCAACCCUCAUCAGGAAGAAAACGCCAAUGACUAUAAGGUUGGGGGGUACCAUCCGGUUUCUAAGGGAGAAGUAUAUUUCUCUCGUGAUUUCCCCAAUAGGGAGUACAUAAUAUUGAGGAAGCUAGGUUGGGGUCACUUUUCGACUGUUUGGCUAGCCAAAUCUAGAUACAACCGGGAAUUAAACCCAUCUACAUCGGAGGACGCUUCAGUCGAUACGAAUGACUAUUAUGUGGCUAUCAAAUUUGUUAAGUCGAGCGACAGUUAUAUGGAAGCUGCCGAAGAUGAAAUCAAGUUAUUGAAGACUCUCGAUAAGCCCCUAGUCUACGGCAAACAUUUAGAAGAACAACAUAAACAAUUCUUUGAAAACCACAAAAUUAAUAAACAUAACCAGCCCGUGGGUCACCCCGGAUACAAACAUAUUAUGAGGUUAUUGGAUGAUUUCGAAGUUACAGGACCAAAUGGUAAGCAUAUUUGUAUGGUUUUCGAGGUAUUGGGCGAGAAUGUUUUAAAUUUGAUUUUCAAAUCUAAGACUAUCAGCAAGGAUUUGAAACAGAAUACCAAAUCACCUAUCGGAAGUAAGGAUAUGAAACCAGAAAAUAAUAAAAAUUUCAAGUUAUUUAAAUCAAAAUUGAGUUUAGGUUUAAUCAAUAACCCCAAGAAAGAGGUUCUGACAAGUGCCACCGACGAUAAUUUAUCCGGUGUCGGAUGCAUUAAGAAUAAUUCUUCAGAUUCUCUAACAAAGUUAAUUGGGGUGCAAAAAACUUACGGGGGAAUUCCAUUGACACUAGUUAAACAAAUUGUGAAGCAAAUGUUUUUGGCUGUGGAUUAUAUGCAUCAUUGUGGAAUCAUUCAUACUGAUUUGAAACCAGAGAAUAUAUUGAUUGAGAUCAAAGAUAUCAAUAAUGUCAUUAAAGUCAUUGAGAACGAAAAAAUAACUAAAUUCAAUGCAAAAUAUAAGAAUAGAAAGGACAGUUCAAUAUCUACUGUAAACAUCAAUACCGAUAAGAUCGGACUUAAUAGAGCUAAUUCAACAAAUCCUAAGACGAGACAAGAUUCUGUGGGUUAUGGAUUAUAUAGAAAAUCAAGGAAUUCAGUAUGCUGCAAAUGUGAUUCGCCUGUUAGAAGUUCAAAACCAUUAUCAUCGAGUAUUAAUUCGGAUACUACUUUUCAAGAAGUGUCUUUUUAUGGUAAUGGAAAUCAGAGCAGGAAGAGCUCCAUUUGUAAGAUUAAUGAAGGUGGAAUCAGCCCUACCACCAUGUCAAUCUUAAAACCUAAGGUUGAAAAAAAUAAGGAUGACAGUGAACUUAUCUCUAUUAAAAUUGCUGAUCUCGGUAAUGCAACAUUUUCUCAUUACCAUUUUACAAAUCAAAUACAAACCAGACAAUAUAGGGCACCCGAAAUAAUUUUGAAACAUAAAACUUGGGGCUCUUCAGCUGAUAUUUGGUCAAUUGGAUGCAUUAUAUUUGAAUUAAUUACUGGGGAUUAUUUAUUUGACCCUCAUAAUGGUAAUAAUUUUGAUAAAGAUGAAGACCAUAUGGCACAGAUAGUCGAGCUAUUGGGUGAAUUUCCUACGCCAGAUUAUUUGAACAAUUGCGAUCUAACUUCUACAUUUCUUAAGAAAGAUUCUGCUGGAAAGUAUUCGUUGAGAAAUAUUAAUAAGUUGAAGUACUGGUCACUCCAUGAUGUUCUAGUGCAAAAGUAUAAAUUUGACGAGAAUGAUAUCAACCUUCAAUUAAUAAAUGAUUUAAUUUUGAAAUGUUUGACAUAUGAUCUUACUGAAAGAUAUGAUUGCAAGUCAUUAGCUAACCAUCCAUGGUUAAAUAAUGAUCUUGAUUUGGAUAAUUUUGAUUUUGAAACUUCAACAAAUAUACCUAAGGACCAUAAUGAUAUUCCGGGGUUUACUUCAUAA